AUCGCCCGCCUCCUGCGGUCUCUGGCGGGCGCUGAUUGGGCCGAGCGGGAGUGCCCCUCCCCGGCUGGGCCGCGGUCGGUGCCGGGCAGGCAGAGGGUCGGCUCCGCCAUCGCCAUGGGCACCCGCGACGACGAGUACGACUAUUUGUUCAAAGUUGUGUUGAUUGGAGACUCUGGAGUUGGGAAAAGUAAUCUUCUGUCACGUUUCACACGCAAUGAGUUCAAUCUGGAAAGUAAGAGCACCAUUGGGGUGGAAUUUGCCACCAGGAGCAUCCAGGUGGAUGGGAAGACGAUAAAAGCCCAGAUCUGGGAUACUGCAGGCCAGGAGCGAUACCGCGCCAUUACCUCAGCAUAUUACCGUGGUGCUGUCGGGGCUCUCCUUGUCUAUGACAUUGCCAAACACCUCACCUACGAGAACGUGGAGCGCUGGCUGAAGGAGCUGCGAGACCACGCCGACAACAACAUCGUGAUCAUGCUGGUGGGCAACAAGAGCGACCUGCGCCACCUCCGGGCCGUGCCCACCGACGAGGCCAGGGCCUUCGCAGAAAAAAAUAACUUAUCUUUUAUUGAAACAUCUGCUCUGGACUCUACAAAUGUAGAAGAAGCCUUCAAGAACAUCCUCACAGAAAUCUACCGCAUCGUGUCGCAGAAGCAAAUCGCCGACCGGUCUGCGCACGAUGAGUCUCCUGGCAACAACGUCGUUGAUAUCAGCGUCCCGCCAACCACUGAUGGACAAAAAUCCAACAAACUCCAGUGCUGUCAGAACCUGUGACCUUCCCUAGAUGACUCUUGUGCUCUCCACUUCGUCUGUGCUUCAUUUAGAAACUUGUGUGCACUUCCUAUCUCCUGUGGUUCAGUGACUCCCUCCUCCCUCCUUUAUUCCAUUCCCAAAUCUCCCCUCUCAUAUUAGAGCUUUAAUUGUAGGGCUAACAUCCUCCUGCCUCUGAAACCCCUUCCAUGUGGUGACUUCUGGGCUUGAAAUGUAGUCACUGAUCUGAUAGACAUGUUUGUGUUGGAAAAUCUGCUGCUGGAUAUUAUCCCAUGAAACACUCUUAUCAAAUAGGCUUGUUUUGGUUUUGCUAGGUUUUUUUCAGUUUGGUUUUGUUGUUGUUGUUAUUUUCUGGGAAGGAAACAAUGGGACUUGACUCUACCAGUUGAAGAAAUAACUAUAUUUAGGUGACAAGGUUUUUUCCUCCCAUAGUCAUAUAUCUCUUUUUCUUGUGUUUCUGUAAACAUGGGGGAGAAAUUAAACUAGCUGUCCUGCCAAAUGCUCUGUUUUCUGUCCUGAUGAAGUCUCACAGUGAGGAUUUUAGUGGCUGCACACACAUAAGAAAGCUGUUGAAAAUAACAUUACUUAUUCUGUAAUUACCCCUAAUACAGUUAGUCUGGCUGUGUAGUUUACUGUUUCCUGCUUGGGAAAUCUUUCUCUAUUCUUGUUUUAUUUGGGAACAAUGAAAUAUGUCUGCAUUGCUUUCUCUGCCACCAUGAAUGCCUGUGCAGGCUUUAUGAAGUGGCGUAAUAUUUAUUCAUGGCUUAUGUUAAUCAAUUAGCAUUAUUGUACAGUAAGUGCCAGCAUACUGAUUUCAGAAACCUUUUGCAGCCUGUACAAGUAGGCUUCUUUUUGUACUGUAGGUCAGUGUCUGAAAGCAGGAUCUGCGCUAGUUCCAGGGUUUUUUUUUUGCAUGCUGCUUUUUCUCUAGAUCUCCCCUGCCCCUGUCUGAGUGAGUGAGGCAAUAUUUUCAUGUUGCAUAUAUACCUGCACUUGUAAGGGUUUUGGUUGUUGUAGAGAAACACAAUACUUUAUACAUUUUGUAAAACUUCUGCAGAUCCAUAGUAUCUGGAACUUUCUCUUCAUGAUCUUUCACUGUUGACCUCUACUAAAAUGCAUAAUAUUAGGAUUUCACAUAAGAACUACUAAUCUGUUGUUUUCUUCUUACCGUUUUACUGAACUGCAGACUGUAAUUCUUACAUGAUUGUACUUCACUGAUGUAACAGAUUUGUCAUCAGCAGGGCUAACUACUCUAAUUCUUCGUUGUGCUGAAUGGGAAGAAUGUUACCACAACUUUGUGUAGUCAGUCUCUUGCUUGCUUGUGCAAAUCUCUGAUGGCUUUUCAUCACUCACUAGCUCUUGCACACUUGUGUCCCCUCCGGUAUCCACUGAAUGUUCUGAUGGCAAAUACUGAGUGAAAUGAUCUAAAGAAAGAGCUGGAAACCACCUGCUGCUCCCUGAAGGCUUGUGGCGCCAUUUGCAGUGAGUUUUUGCUCUGUAUUCUGAGCCUGUACCUCACUGGAUGGAUCCCAGUUGCAUAUUAGUGAGUUGAUUUUCUUUACUGAUACAAAGCAAAUAUGAAAAUGUGAAUUGUGCUUGAAGAGGAAAUCUGACAUUCCAGUCUCAACUGUUCUGUCUGGUUACGUAAUAAAAUUAAGGGCAGUUAACUCUGAUGGCUUUUCUUUUCUAAGAUUUCCAGACCAAUGCCUUUAAUUUUGUACUGUAUGCACUGAGAGAGCUCCAGCUCACAGCACAGGAUGCACGUGGUGCCUGGCACUUCCACUUUUCAGCUUUGUUUAGAGGUUACAUUCAAGGUUAAAGGGUGCAUGCCUGCAGCCUGAUCCCAUUGAAUGAGGGUAUGAAUUCCUUAGAAGGCAUCACAGGGCUCUGUCCUAAGGGUGUUCCAGUUCAGGAAGCACUUUCAACACUUGGUAUUUGCUUCACUAGCAUUCUGUUGAGAGAAGGUGGGAACUGGGAUAUCUUCUUUUUGGUGGUCCAAGACCAGAACAUGAAGUGCAGUCAGUGUUCAGACAGCUGGCAAUGAGAGAAUGGAAAAUUCUGAAAUACUGAAAAUAUUUCAUUUGGGAACAAGUGGACACUAGUGGAGCUGGGCUCCUUAACUUUUGAACAAACUUUAUAUAAAGAAAUCAGCUGGAUAGCAUGAGGAGGAAUUGUACUGUUAAGAAGACUUAUUAGUUCAAGGUGAUGUAUUAACAUGCUUACUCUGCAAGUCCUGCUCUUAACAUGAAGUUUCUAGAAUCAGUCUGGCCUGGUGUAAGAAGCCAAGAAACAGUUUAGUCACUUGCUUGUCUCUUCAGAUAUUUUCUUUAGUCUUUGACUUUGUGGAAGGCUUUAAACUUUGCUGCAGAGUCCCAGUGAAAGGUCAGUGUCUAGGGCUUUAGUGCAGUUAAAUUUAUCAGUAUUGAAGAGCUCUUGAACAACUCCAUUGUUCAAAGCCCCCUCGGCUGGGGCACGCAGGGGCAGUUGGUGUGUGCACACGUGCACCCGUGUAGCUCCACUGGGAAUGGGGUGGGGGUUUCCAUCUGCUGUGGUCCCUCAAUAUGAGACAAGGCUCUUCUCCAGGCUGCUGUGCUGCUCUCCAGGCAGAGCCACGGCCCUUCUGUGGGUCUGAGGUGCUGCUGCCCAGACUGAGCACAGGGCUGUUUGUGACAAUAGAAAAAGGACAGUGGAUCAGCUCUGCCAGGUUAGGCCAUCUUCCUGCACAGACUGGGGAAGAGGCUUGUGGUCUGGGGUUCCUGGUGUCCUGAUGAAGCAUUGUCCUGAAACCUCAUCCACAACCCAGCCCACUGCUGUGCUGGAAUUACUGAGGGGAAGACUUGGAGGAAUCCUGAGGAAGCUGGCAAUGCUGAAGAGCUGUCUGACAUUCAGAGAAGCUCUGCAGUAGCCCAGGCUCCUUAAGCAUGCUUUCCUGAUGUGGAAAUUACAGACUACAUGUAACCUCAACUUGAGUGCUUCAUCCCACAGCUUUGCUGGCUGUGUGUCUCUCAGUAUUACUGUAAGGAAAAAAAAGGUUACAGCUCUCUUCCAUCUGCCCCAAGGUAUUUGAGGGCUAAGUUUGGCUUUUGUGAAAUUCCUGAUAACAUGAAAGCUGCCUGUGAAAAGAAGGAAUGUGUGCUUUGCUUGCUUUACUUGGAUGUUGAGGCUGACUUUCCUUUAACUAUUGAAAACACUACAAAGCCCUGAGUACUGCCACUUGUGUCAUAACACAACCAUCAGAGGCUCCUGCUGAUGUCUAGAACAGCUCUUUUAAUGCAGAAUUAGGCAGGAGUCUGCCGUGCUGCCUCUCCUUUUACUGGUGGGAAGGGUGAAGGCUAAAAUGCAUACAUAAAAGUGACUUGGUCCUGAGCACACAAACAGCAAAUUGAUAAAAUAAAUUCAUUGGGUAGAUCAGGUCAAUCCAGCCUCUUUUCCUGCAGUCAGUGCUUACAGACAGGGGACUUAGUCUGGGAUCUUUACUGGAGCCUGCACAGAACAAGGAGGUGUGGUUCCUAGGAAAGUUUUAAAGCUCUGUAGUUGUAUAACUGUAAAAAUCCAGUUGAUGGGUGACUGCUUGCUACUUAGUUAAAAAGAUUUCAGUGUGUGCUGUGGAGGCCAUCUCUUGAGGCCAGAGAUGCCCCCCAUUUGGGUGCUGUUCUGUGACUCCCUGCUGAUCUCUUGUGUGAGUUCAGAGCUCUUGGCUGGGCGUGGUAUGGGUUGGGCUGAGCCUUUAUUUGAAUCAGUUACUUAACAAAAGUGUUGGAAAAUUGUACAGGAGGUAUUUUUGCUUCUGGUGCUUUGAUCCUUGCGUGCUGUACUGCUCCAGAAGGUGGGGGUGGGAUCUGUUUCUGGUUGAGUCUUACCAAGGCUUGGUGAUCAUUUCCCUUCCAAGCAGAGGGAAGAACUUGCUGAGAGGUUCUGGACUCCGUAGAAGAAAAGAAGAUCCCAGUGAAGUGGUUCAGUCACCUAGGGAAGAUUUUUUCCUCCAUAAAACACUAGAACUUCAUGUGAAAGGUAGGGCCUGAAUUUCAGCUAAGGAAAAUCAGACAAUUGGAGCUUAAGACUAACUGUCCUUCAAGUAAAGCACAGUAAGUGGGGGCUGAAGGAUAGAUUCUCUUUACUUGCAGACUCUUAAAUGAAGUUGGUGAUUUAUGGAAUGUUUCCAUGGAAUGAGUGUUUCCAGGGCUACACUGUUUCAAUAAAUAACAGCAAUUUCUAUUUUACACUGGUCAGAUAAUGCAUGGUAGUGUUGACUAUCAGGCUUUGUAGGCUAUAAAUAGUAGUGGGCCUUUAUGCAACCCAGAAGAGAGGUUUCUUUCAUUUACUUUUAUUCCUGGUUCCUGUGUUAAGUGCAAUUCACUUUGUAAAUAAACACUCCUCUCAAUUUUUGUGCAUGGUUAUGAUGUAUUGUGGAUAUAAAGAUUGCCAAAUCAUA